GCGGCGGCAGGAGUGGAAGGGGGAGGCGGCGGCGGCGGGCAGGGGGGCGAGGACACCAUGAGCACCAUGUUCGCCGAUACCCUCCUCAUCGUCUUCAUCUCCGUGUGCACCGCGCUGCUGGCCGAGGGUAUAACUUGGGUGUUGGUCUACCGAACAGACAAAUACAAGAGAUUAAAGGCUGAAGUGGAAAAACAGAGCAAAAAAUUGGAAAAGAAGAAGGAGACGAUAACUGAAUCAGCAGGCCGACAGCAGAAAAAGAAAAUAGAAAGACAAGAAGAGAAACUGAAGAAUAACAACAGAGACUUGUCAAUGGUUCGGAUGAAAUCCAUGUUUGCCAUUGGCUUCUGCUUCACGGCUUUGAUGGGAAUGUUUAACUCUAUAUUUGAUGGCCGAGUGGUGGCAAAGCUUCCCUUUAUCCCCCUCUCGUACAUUCAGGGUUUAUCCCACCGCAACCUUCUGGGUGAGGAUUACACUGACUGCUCCUUCAUCUUCCUCUACAUUCUCUGCACAAUGUCUAUCAGACAGAACAUCCAGAAGAUGCUUGGCCUUGCUCCUUCCCGGGCUGCCACUAAGCAAGCAGGGGGCUUCCUUGGCCCACCACCUCAGGCAGGAAAAUUCUCCUAAAGCAUGGUUGCAGCCUCCAGCACAGGUUUAACCGCUGCACCAGACUGCCUUCAGAGGGUAACAAGAUUGGAUUCUACAUCAGGCUUCCCGUUCAAAAACAGCCUUUGGAGUAUUGGCCAGUCUUGGAAAUGUCUUGCAUAUAGAGUAUUCUACCAGCAGCUGUUUGCUCAUCCACACAAAGUUCUCGGAAGAUAACUUGACCUUUUGUUUCUGAUGUAUCUGAGAAAUAAAUGGUAUGGGCAUGUUGA